AUGGGAAGUGUAGAACGACAGAACCCACCCGUGGUCUGCGUCUUGUAAUUUCUUCCCUUCCAACAUGGAACAAUCCAGCUCGACUAACACUCCUCAGCUGCGGCACCUCGGCCGGCAACGACCCCAUUCACCUCUCUCAGGCCCGCUCUCUCGCUCAAGCCUUCCACAAGCAUGGCAUCAAACUCGCCUUCGGCGGAGGCACAUCCGGUCUCAUGGGUGAGGUCGCAUCCGAACUCGUCCGGCUCUCCGGCCCCGAAGCAGCACACGGAAUCAUUCCCAAAGCCCUCAUGGCGUUCGAGAGAAAGUACACCAACGACCAAGACUCCGCCGAGAAUGGUAUGGAAGCACAGAAGAAAUCCGACGAGAGUCGAUUCGGCAGGACCACCGUGGUGCAGGAUAUGCAUACACGGAAAAGGACCAUGGUCGAUGAAGUCUUGGCUGGUGGCCCCGGGAGUGGGUUUGUCGCGCUCAGUGGUGGCUAUGGAACGCUGGAGGAGUUGAUGGAGGUGAGGGCAUCUACUACCCAUCGCAGCCGCGCACGAUUUACAUCCGAAUGCUAAUCAUCCAACUUCCAACCAGAUUGUAACAUGGAAUCAACGCGGUAUCCACGACAAGCCCGUGGUGCUGUUGAACGUCGACGGCUACUGGGACGGCUUGCUGCAGUGGGUGAAGAAGGCUGUUGGAGCCGGCUUUGUAGCAAAGGGCAAUUCCAGCAUCAUGAGCCAGGCAAGUUCCGCGGACCAGGUCUUGCAACGAUUACGAGACUACGAAUCUGCAGAGGGUUGUUUGGAGCUUCAAUGGGAAGAGGAGUAG